AUGACACACGCUUAUAUUUUCAAGGAUGAGUAUUUUUUUGCAUUUGCAGCCGUAAAAAUUUUACCCAAGCAAAUGCUUUUCCCACUCUUAGCAAAUCUGGUCCUCGCAACUACGACCACUGAGAAGCAAAGUAUUACGAACGACGAAUUUUUCGAUGCCAAAAUCUUCCCUUCCUUUGAUAGAUUUCUGCACAUUUCCUCCGUCUUUUGCCUUUACAUUGCACAAAUUAUUAUUGGCAUGCCUCUUCUCUGCAUCUCUAUGUUCAACUUGUGCUUCUUUUUACUUUGCAAAACAUUCCAACUUACUCCAAAACGAAAGUUUGAUCUUCUAGAUUCUUACAUUCUGAACUCAGUUGUUAUGUGUAUGAAUCUCAGUAAUAUUGUUUUCUACUUGAUCUAUUAUACAGUGGCAUUGUAUCAUGGGGACUAUUCUGUGUUUGGCUUUUCUACGGACCAUUCUAUGUUUUACUCCAUUAUUCCAUCUAUCUUGUUCUGUUUAUUUGAGUAUUUUAUAAUUGAGCAGUCUAUUCAAAGGAAAGAAAAACGCAAGUUUUCAUAUGGAGAUUCUUUUGGAAUUGUAUUUCUGUUGACUCUUUUUCUAUAUCUCGCCACCUUGCAACAAUUUACUCCUGGCUUUGGAAUCGUCAGGUGCUUUGUAACCAUCAAUGUCAGGACGUUUCUGUUCUACUUUGCCAAGAUAAUAGAGCAUAUUCUAUUUUUAUUUAUGACUUACUUGCUUUUAACAUCUCACUUUCCACGUACUGGAACACAGCCAUUUUUUGGUGAAAAAAAUCCAGAUAAAUUAACGUCACUGCAGACUCUAAAGAAAAGGAUGUGUAAAUAA